AUGGCACCCGUGAACGUGGAAAGGGUGUGCUCGGUGUUUCACUUGUUCGCGGUGAACGCGGCCGACGCCGCUGCCGCUCGGGAUGAAAUUCGCGAGCCGUACAUCCCCGUCUGCUUAUUGGCUGCGGCGGCACGGGAGAUGGGAUACUAUCCCACCCCCACUACCAUUCAUCAGUUCACUGAGACGGUGCCAGGCGCCGCGGCCGGCGCCGUGACAUUCGCAGGCUUUCUACAGUUCUGCGAGGAUGUUGCGCACACAAACCAGCCAGGGCGGUCGGUUAUUCACAGGAUGGUAGAGAGCAUGGACCCAAGCGGUAGUGGGGUGAUUAGCCGUUGCGAGCUCUUCCUUAUCUUGACCAGCGGCUCUGCUACCAUCAGUGACGGCGAGAUCGACGCCGCAAUGAAGCUGCUGGAUCCAACGAACAGCGGGUCCGUCCGGCUCAGUGACCUGGAAGCCGUGCUCAUCGACUCAUGCGAGCGCCAGUGGUCGGCGUUUGAGUCGCGAUCGUCGUCAAAGAAUCAGCACCAACAGAAGGAGCAGCGGCAGCAUGAGUCAUCCGUCGCUUGCGCGACGGUAGCCGAGAAAAGUCACAAGCCGUUGCACUCCACUGACAUCACCACCGCUGCUGUCAUCCCCCAGGCGGGCUCGCCGGCGCCUCACUCGGGGCACAUGCCCGCACAGCCGGGGGACCAAAAGCAGCAUCCAAAGUGGCGGCGAAGGGCCUUCAACAGACGGAGGUACGAGGCUCCACCGUCCCCGCCGCCUGCAACGACCGCGACAGAGGGGAGACGCCCACAGGGGCAAGGACAGCACUGGUGUCCCGCCGCGGUCAGCGAGUGCGAUAGCUUCUCACAACAUACAUACACCGGCUCGGCUGGUGAGACAGUUUUUCCGUGCCACCAGCGCCUGUGCGACAGGCAAGACACGUUUGAGCGGACGCAGACGGCCAUGACGGUAGACGUGGUUGUGCAGCUGUCACCCUGCCAGCCUACAGCGGAGGUGCGGCGCAGGAAGUUUGCGAGGAACUCCUCGGCCACCGCGUCGAACUUCGCCGCACAGACGCCACGAGGCCCUCCCCGGUGUGCUGCCUCUGCAACUGCGGCCAAAGAAGCACCGUCCGACAAGGGAGCGGAGGACAGCAAUGAACUGUGCCCUCACCACAGCAACAGCGCCGACGCGAACGGCGGCGCACGCUGCAACGGGGGCCAGGGGUGUGAGUCGAAGCAGCAGAAGUCCUCCGAUGCGGCGUCAGACGCCAGGGGUCGUAGUGUUUUGGCCGAUGCCGAUAGCCCAUCGGCUGCGGAGAGGGAAUGGGCAAUGAUCGACACCAUACCGACGAGGAAAACUAGUGGAUCGAAGUGCUGCAUCAUGUUCUAG